AGUGCAAGUGGGCCAGUAGCAUUCAUAGUCGUACACGUUUUUGGUCUAUGUUCCAACUGAAUUGAGCAAUUGCUUAUGUACUAAAAUGUCACAUUUUGUGGGACAGAAAAUAUGGUGAUUCUCUUACAACACUUUCCAAAGUGAUUAUGGGACUAUACAAAUCAUGCUGACUUGAAAAUAUGCAGUUUAUCUUAUUUCACUAGAGCAUAAUGAGCAUUUCCCUGGUGACCGUUGGGUUAUUUCACAAUCUGUUUUCGUAGAUUCUUAUUUCUUCUGCCUGUCUUCUUCUUACUUGCAUGAUUUGACCAAAACAAAAAGAAAAAACAGAAAAGUUGUGCCACUUAAAGCCCUUAAUAACCCACUCUGCGUUACACCCUGACUCCUGAUGCACACCUGAUGUUAUCUUAUGUGUCGGAUGGAACAAUACAAUUGCAAGAGAAAUAAGAAAAGAGAGUGGAAAUGGGACGAGGAAGCAGCAUGAGGGAGGGUGAUGUGAGGAGCUAAAAGGAUCAUGCUGCGAAGGCUGAUUGCUCUCCUGGGAGGUGGCUGGGGAGAGAGUUGAGGCAGAUGGGAUGGGUGGAUGUUUUCAGACAUGUGGUGCCUUACCAGUGCGACUGCAUUGUUUCCUUUGUUAAGUUUGUAUGUAUGAGCAGGACAAAUGGAAUUGACCGCACAUGCAGAAUUCACUAUAAGUAAUUGGAAGAGUCUCAUUCGGCUAUUUACUCACAUUCACAAUCAAUUCUUUAGUUAAUAUUUCAGUUUUGCAUUUUUGCUACAGUAUAUUGUGCUAGUUUUUGUGUUCAUGCAGUGGUUUUGUGUGUAAUUUGAGGUUACGAUUGAUAAUACUCCUAAUUAAGGACAGUGCUUGUUUAAAUAUAGCAAAAUAUAGAUGUAGAUAUAUAGAUUUAAAAAAGUCACAAAAUGCAUUGAUUCAAUUUAAAUAAAAUUAACUUUACCUAUAUGGCACAUUUAUAAACAGCCCAAGUGCAUUUUAUCAGAUAGGCAGCAAAACAUAUGUGCAAACAUGGUGAAAAAACUUGUAAAAUCAGUAAGUAAAACCAAAUAAAACAGAAUAAACAAGCAAGAAAUAAUAGCAGUUUAUAAAUUAAGAUGAAAUAUGAAAUAUUAGGACUGUUAAGAGCACCCAAAAGCCAUCGAAUGGGAUUGAUGAUUGAUGAGAAAAAUAGAAAAUACAUCAUCACAUGCACUCCUGCUUUAUAUCAGGUUCACUCUGUUGAAAUUGAGGAAUGAUUACUUGUUCUCCUCUGAACAGCAUAAAAAAAGCAUAAAGAAAUGAUCAUGCAUCAUCUUAAUAGCAACGCAGCCUUAUCUAUAAUCUCAAUAUAAUUGAUUUCUUUCAUUGUCGAUGUCCAAACAGACACUGACAGCAUUCUGAGAGGUUUGAAAUACUACUGCUAAUUUUCUCCACAGACAUUGUGUUCUGACACGGAUUAUUAAUUUGCAGAAUGUUCUUUAUAGGUGUGUGUGUGUGUGUGUGUGUGUGUCUGGGAUCAGGGUGCUUCAGGCAGAUGUGUUCUAGCUGAUACAGUCUGAGAGCAGCUGGGCAGGGCAGGGCUAAUAGACCAAUGACAUCAUCCAGAGAGAGAGAGAGACUCGAGUGUUGGCUGGAGGCAGGAAAAGGAGGCAGGCCAGCUCAGACAGAGCAGAGCGACAUGACAGCGGGACACAGUGUGAGCUGGAGAGGACCAGAUAGCAUCCACACUUCCACUCUGACAAGGAUAUAGGAAGAUUUUCUCUCCAGUUUUCUCCUCCUCUACCGUUACACCUUUCCCCUCCCUUCCCCUUCCCCCUUUCCCCCUUUUCCUCCCCUCCAUCCACCAGCGCUUAUCCCCCCCUCUCAGCUCCUGCUCCAGGCGGCUCCUCCGGGCAUGCUCCUUAAGCCAAAGUAUGGCCGCUUUCGCAAUGAGUCUGUGACCUCCUCCGACGACCUGAUGCAGAGCUUAGCCAUGAGCGGCAAAGUUGUGGCCACGCCGGUGGUCCCCUCCUCCACCCCCAGCCUCUGCCUGCCUCCUCUGCCUCCUCUGGACCCCAGUUCCAGGUCCUCCUCCUCUGCUGGGGCUGCAGCCCUGGCUGACUCCCCCUGCCUGGAUGGGGAGCAGGAUGCUACCACAACCUUCUGCAUGCUCAUCCCCAAGAUGCCCCAGUGGAAGUUCUCCAACUCGCUGCUCAGCCGGAGCCCAUCCAACUCCAGCUCCAGCUCCAGCUCCAGCAAGGACUCGGGGAAGGCAGCAUCAGCUCCUUCCCAGGCCUCCUCCUCUUCAUCCUCACACAGGCCCAGCGGUGUGACCUCAGUUAGCGGCCCUGUGGCCAGCCUGGCAGCAGUGCUUAACUCCUGUGACCCUGUGUGUGUCACCCCCUGUUCCUUGCAGGCCAUCCGGGGACAGAGAGCGGUGGCUGCGGCCGCAAGUUCCGCCGGUCCAGGGGGCCACGGAUUUGGAGCUCCAGAGGUCAUGGUGAGCCCUGGUGGGUCCAGCAGCUCCAGAAUGAACCGCAGGACAAGGGGGGAAGGCAUGUGGCAGGGGGGAGAGGACUUCAACCAGAAGGGCAGCUUCAUCCACAAACCCUCUCAAGGCUGGUUGCACCCUGACAAGAAGAUUGCAGGACAAGGAGCCUCUUACAUCGUCAGGUACAUGGGCUGCAUCGAGGUGUUGAAGUCGAUGCGCUCCUUGGACUUCAACACGAGGACUCAGGUGACAAGGGAAGCCAUCAACAGGCUUUGUGAAGCUGUACCGGGUGGAAAAGGAGCCUGGAGGAAGAAGGCCCUGAACAAAGCUCUGCAGUCGAUCAUGGGGAAGAGCAACCUGCGAUUUGCAGGAAUGAGCAUCGCUGUCAACAUUUCCAUAGAUGGCCUCGGCCUGCUGAUUCCUACCACACGACAGGUGAUAGCACACCAUCCCAUGCAGUCCAUCUCAUUUGCAUCUGGUGGAGACACAGACACACCGGAUUAUGUUGCAUAUGUGGCCAAAGACCCGGUGAAUCAGAGAGCGUGUCAUAUCCUGGAAUGUUCAGAUGGUUUAGCACAGAGUGUCAUCAGCACCAUCGGACAAGCCUUCGAGCUGCAGUUCAAACAGUAUCUGCACAGUCCUCCUAAAACCAUGGCUUCAAUUGAGAGGUCUGUGAGGUCGGAGGAGCCGGUGUGGGGGGAGGACGAGGACUUUUCUGAGCAUGAUUACUACAACAGCAUCCCAGGGAAGGAGCCUCCGGUUGGGGGAGUCGUGGACUCCAGGCUCAGGUCCAGUGGAGCCCUGCUGGGUCACAUCCACACUCAGCCACAGAGCAAGACGGCAGCUCAGCAGAUGGGAUCUCCAGCUAGGAGGGAUCAAGCCUCUUAUCCUCCUGGUCAGCUGUGUUAUGAGCUUCACUGGGACACUGAGACGACUUGCAGCUCAGAUGGUUACCUGUGUGCUGAUGGUCAGCCACCAGCCAGUAAAGACUAUGAGGAGCAUCAGUAUGUUAACACCCAGAGUCUGGAAAAUCUGGAAUCCCUCACUCAGGCUUCUGAUGUACGCAGAGGACCCAGGGCACCCGACAGUCCCAAAAAAGACCUCUUUGACAUGAGGCCCUUUGAGGAUGCCCUGAAACUCCACGAGGCCUGUGGUGGAGCUGUUGGAUCCAGUAUAUCUGGAGGUUCUGGUGCUCAGGCUGGAAGUGUUCGGGUGUUGGAGGACCAGUGGCCCAGCCCUCCACGACGCAGGGCCCCCGUGGCCCCAAAUGAGGAGCAGCUCCGCAGGGAGACCUGGUACCACAGCCGGAUGAGCCGACGAGAUGCUGAGAAACUCCUGGUCCGAGACGGAGAUUUUCUUGUCCGGGAGAGCACCACCAACCCAGGGCAGUAUGUGCUAACAGGCAUGCAUUGUGGACUACCCAAACACUUACUGCUAGUGGACCCUGAGGGAGUGGUCCGGACCAAAGACAUGUUGUUUGAGAGCAUAAGCCACCUCAUCUCGUACCAUCUGAAGAACGAGCUGCCGAUUGUAGCAGCAGAAAGUGAGCUUCAUCUCAAACAGGUGGUCAGAAGGAAACAAUGAGUCGCUUGGAACCGCGUGGGAUGAGCUGAAUUCUUAUGCGCCCAUGCAAACCUCUAAAAAACUGACUCUAGAACUCAUUUUUCUGGAAUGAUUAUUCAUCCAGAGGAAAGGAAAUCACUGAUGCUUUCUUUACACGGACAGUUCUGCUAAGGAUGUGGAAGUAUCUGGCAUCUGCUUGUAACUUUCUUCUGCCUGUUGGCUCCCAGGAUAAACCAAAAUAUCCCUCAUCUGUCAUGAACUCCUCAGCAUGCAGCUAUUAAGCUAACGAACCAAGCAGAAACCCACAGUUUGUCCUGUGCCACAAGUGGAUAAUCACAAACCGAGGUCAAAAAUGAAACUGUUUAAGGAGGACCCAACCUCAGGAAAUUACAAAUGGAUCUGAUGCACAGUGAAGAAAUGUCCUACAAAGCCUGUAAUACUGAAGUGCUUCCAGUAAUCCACGACUUGCACGAGCAGAUCAUUUAUCUAACCAAUGAUGGACAUCGACAGAACAGAACUGUCUCUGACUUUCUGGUGCAGGUUGCAUAUUCAUUUGCUCAUUUCAGUCUAAAUGCAAGAAAAGACCACAAGAGUCAAAUAAAGACAUGUCACUGGAAUGUAAAGACUGUUGUUCACAGGUUCUGCAGUAUCUGAGAAGGCACAAAAGAGACACACUGAACACCAUUUAGAAAAGAGCCACAUUCUUUUGCUUUUUUUUUGUUUAUCCAUAAUAUUCUAAGCAUCGAAUCCCAUUUAAAAAAAAGUCAUACUAUAUCUCCAGUCCAGUGAAAAUACACAUCUCAUCACAUUUAUCAUUAAUAUCAGUCAUUUGUGUUGUUUGUUAAGGGCUGUUCAUAACUGGGUGAGGUCAUGUGUUGUAUAAGCCUGUGACCAUCACUGAUCAGACUGUGGUGAAUACUGGAUUUCAGAAAAAAACCUGCUUUCAUGUAUAUCGACGCCACUUUUUCCUCGAUCCCCUCCAACUUCAGUGCCUUAAUAACUACACUGACAGGCGUUCGUGUCAUAGUGUAUAUAAUGUGCAUUUAUGCUCCUCUUUGCAAAAGACUAGUUUUCUUGCCAUGCCAAUGAAUAAAUGAACAAACAUCAGGAUGAUAAAGCUCUUUUACUUGUGAACAGUAACGUAAGCUGCUCUUGUUGUGAGGUGAAUAAUGUUUAACACUGUCUUAUUGUUGUCUUGAUUGUCGUAUGUGCAUCCCCCAGAUGAAUCAUCUAAAAGAUUCUUUUUUUUUUUUUACCCUUACAAGUCAGCCAUAGUUUAGCCAUCCUCUGCAGCGAUAGACCUCAAAGUAGAGAUCUGGAUUUGAAAUUAAAUCCUUUAUUUGUCCCGGCUCAGGGAAAUGCAUCUCUCUAUCGAUUGUCCUCAUCCCAUGUCUGUGUCUAUAAAUUUCAAUGAAUUGCUUGUGUGUGUUUCUGCUCCUUGGAUGCACUGUUUCCUACCCUGUUUUUUGCCAAUGUAAUACUUCUAAAACGUACUUUUCAGGUUUCUGGCUUUUCUUUCUGUCUUUAGGAAUGUAUAUUUAAUCAGGCCCUCCACUGUUCUUCUCAACCCCACAAAUGCAUAGAGAGAUGAGGUUAAAUUUGUGGUCAAGGCCGAAUGAUUAAUGCAGUUUUUGUUUUGUAUAGAACUCCCGUUUUGCUUUCUCAGGAAUUUCUUGGCUCUUUACUUCUGUGAUUAACAGUCGAGGCUUUUUGUCAAUAAAUUUAAUUAAAAAUGGGGUACAA